UAUUUGUAGAUCUCCCCCUAGAAUAUAACUCGUGUACAACGUCUUUUCUUGCCAUUUGAGAGCUUGGUAAACUGUUGAGCUGGAGUGUUAUAUUCAGAUAUGAAUCCAACAGCCAACAUGUCGAGCAAAAGGGCAAAGACUAAGACCACUAAGAAGCGUCCUCAGCGGGCUACUUCCAAUGUGUUUGCUAUGUUUGAUCAGUCACAGAUUCAAGAAUUCAAAGAGGCAUUCAAUAUGAUUGAUCAAAACAGAGAUGGUUUCAUUGACAAAGAAGACCUGCAUGAUAUGCUUGCUUCACUGGGGAAGAAUCCGACUGAUGAAUACUUAGAUGCCAUGAUGAAUGAGGCUCCAGGACCUAUAAACUUCACUAUGUUUCUCACCAUGUUUGGAGAGAAAUUAAAUGGCACUGAUCCAGAAGAUGUAAUCAGAAAUGCCUUUGCUUGCUUUGAUGAAGAAGCAACAGGCUUCAUUCAAGAAGACUACUUGAGAGAAUUGCUGACGACAAUGGGAGACAGGUUUACGGAUGAAGAAGUAGAUGAGCUGUUCAGAGAGGCACCAAUUGAUAAAAAGGGCAAUUUCAGUUACAUUGAGUUCACACGCAUCCUUAAACAUGGAGCAAAAGACAAAGAUGACUAAAACAGAACUCUUGCCUCUGCAAUUCUCUGUAGAUCUCACUUACGGUUAUCUUUUGAGGGUUUUUUUCCUGGUAGAACCUGUUGCAUGCAUUUAGCUUUACAGCUUUUGCCUUUCUUGAUGUAUUUAUCUAUACCAGGCCAUUCUGGCACAUCUUGCACCUGUGUAAUCAGGCCAGCAAUGGGGAUUGUGAUUGUGUGAUAAGAGUUGGAGGGUAAGAUCAGUAACUCUGAAGGCCCAGGAAAAAAAUGUCUCAAUUUUUCUGGUUUAGCUGGAUUUUUACAUUUUGUAAUAAUGCCAUUUUGAAAUAAGAUUACUAUAUCAAUAAAAUACCUCAAAUGCUG